ACGAGUAUUGCACUUUGUAGCUCAUUCACUGGAGAAAAAAAAAAACGGAGAUGACCAAACAAAAAUGAACCCACAUGGGGUUAGCUUAGAAUAAGAGUUGCUAGUCACUCAUGACUCAUGAGUCAUGAGUUAAGAAUGGGGCAUGAAAACGAAGUGAUGACAAAAAGAGACAGUGGCGCACUGUCAUCCCUCCCAUCUUUUCUUCCUUCAAUGGGGAACAAAGUUAUCUUCCUUCUUUAGUAGUGAUGAUGAUGUCAAAUCAAUUUACAUCUAAACCUAAUCAUCAACAUAAAUUCAGUAAUUAAGCAUUGUUCAUUCAUUAUACUUUCUGGGUCUUUUGGAAUUUCUGGGUGUUUUUUGAGCUCUUCUGGUAUGGCUUUAUCUUCAUGCUUUGCCUAUCAUCCCCAGAUCUCUUCCAAGAUUGAUUGCAGCGUUCUAGUAGAUAAAAACCAUCAUCAGGUGGGUUUAAGUCCGAGUUUAGUUCUAUCUGUUCAAGGUGUGAGAAAUGGAAUAUUUAGCCAGAAAGUGCCUAAGCUCAGAGCGGAGAUAAUGCACGGUUGUUGUUUCCUUGGAGGUCUUAGAAUUGAUAUUAGACCGACAGUAAACGAAUCCAAUUUUUCGCGUAGGAAUUCUGGAGUAUGUUAUUCUUGGUUGUCGAAUACUCAAGUUGCUAGCAGUGCAUUUACAUUAGGAACAGCUGCUGUCCUCCCAUUUUACACUCUCAUGAUCGUUGCUCCGAAAGCUGAACUUACUAAAAAGACUAUGAAAAGUAGCAUACCAUAUGUUGUGCUAGGGCUUCUGUACGCAUAUCUUUUGUACCUUUCUUGGACGCCUGAAACCAUACGCUUGAUGUUUGCGAGUAAAUACUGGUUACCUGAGCUUCAAGGUAUAGCGAAAAUGUUUUCCAGUGAGAUGACUUUAGCAUCUGCAUGGAUUCAUCUGCUGGUAGUGGACCUCUUUGCUGCUAGGAAUGUUUAUCAAGAUGGUCUGGAGAAGGAAGUCGAGACCCGGCAUUCAGUCUCAAUGUGCUUGCUAUUCUGUCCUGUAGGAAUUCUAAGUCAUCUCAUCACCACGGCGCUGACCAGACCUUCUGACAAAACUCGACAUAGCGAUACUAUUAUCUAAUUUUUCUGAACUAGAGUUUUAAUCUGUUUUUUGUGAACUGAUGUUUUGGUUGGAUGUGCCAAGGAAGUUGCUGUCAAAUUUAAAUGAAACAAUGCAUAUAGACAAUAAUUAGCCAUAA